GUGUCCAGAAAUGACCUGUGCAGAGGAAGGAAGCGUAACAAACAGCCGGCAGGAGAGGUCAUACUGUGUCCACCGCAGGACCUGAAGCUGACGGCUGUUUUCUCUCCGUGCCUUGAGUAACAGGCUCUUCCCAUACUGUUCAAACACCAUGAACAGGCCAGUCGUGCCGUUGACCUUCUGCUAACAUUCAUGAAAAUGCCAUAUGUGUGUUGCUCUAUGUUAGAAGAUGGCGGAGUCGGAUGGCGGGGAUUUUGCUUCGAAACAUCCACAGAACAGUAUGGCUAACAAGAAUAGCACCCUACGCUGUACAUUCUCAGCCCCGAGCCACAGUGCCACCCUUCUCCAGGGCUUGUCUGUCUUGCGGGCUCAGGGCCAACUACUUGACGUCGUACUGGCCAUCAACGAGGAGCGCUUCAAGGUCCACAAAGCUGUGUUGGCUGCCUGUAGUGAUUACUUCAGAGCCAUGUUUACUGGAGGCAUGAGGGAGUCAAAUCAAGAUACGAUUGAGCUGAAGGGUUUGUCCGCCCGUGGACUGAAACAUAUUAUUGACUUUGCCUACAGUUCAGAAGUCACCUUAGACCUGGACUGUAUUCAGGAUGUCCUCGGGGCAGCUGUGUUUCUCCAGAUGGUCCCAGUCGUGGAGCUGUGUGAGGAGUUCCUCAAGUCAGCGAUGAGUGUCGAGACCUGCCUGCACAUCGGCCAGAUGGCCACCACCUUCAGCCUGUCUUCCCUCAAAGAGUCAGUGGAUGCCUUCACUUUCCGCCACUUCCUCCAAAUUGCAGAGGAGGAAGACUUCCUGCACAUUCCCAUGGAGCGCCUCGUCUUCUUCCUGCAGAGCAACAAACUGAAGAACUGUAGCGAGAUCGACCUCUUCCAUGCUGCCAUCAGGUGGCUUCAGUAUGACGACUCUCGUCGUGCUCAAGCCAGCAGCGUCCUGUGCCAUGUGCGCUUCCCGCUCAUGCGCUCUUCUGAGCUGGUGGACAAUGUUCAGACAGUGGACAUCAUGGUGGAGGACGUGCUGUGCCGCCAGUAUCUCCUCGAGGCCUUCAAUUACCAGAUUCUUCCUUUCCGACAGCAUGAGAUGCAGUCUUCGCGGACGCUCAUACGUUCUGACGUCACGUCUCUCAUCACCUUUGGUGGGACGCCCUACACUGACAACGACCGCACAGUGAGCACCAAGGUGUACCAUCUCCCUGACAUUACAUCCCGCCAGUUCAAAGAGCUGACAGAGAUGGAGGCGGGGUGCAGCCAUGCUUGUGUUGCUGUACUUGAUAACUUUGUCUAUGUAGUUGGUGGACAGCACUUGCAGUACCGCAGCGGCGAGGGGGCAGUAGACAGCUGUUACCGCUACGACCCACAUCUGAACCAGUGGCUGCGCAUCCAACCCAUGCAGGAGGCUCGUAUCCAGUUUCAGCUCAACGUGCUGCAUGGACUGCUGUACGCCACAGGAGGGCGCAAUCGAUCUGGCAGUCUGUCAUCUGUCGAGUGUUACUGCCCACAGAAGAAUGAGUGGACUUAUGUGGAACCAUUGAAACGCCGGAUUUGGGGUCAUGCGGGGACUCCCUUUGGAGAAAAGCUCUAUAUCUCAGGGGGUUAUGGUGUCUCAUUGGAUGACAAGAAAACUCUCCACUGCUAUGACCCAGUGUCAGACCAGUGGGACUUCAGAGCCCCCAUGAAUGAACCCAGAGUGCUGCAUGCCAUGAUCAGUUCUAGGGAUCGGGUUUAUGCUCUGGGUGGUCGCAUGGACCAUGUGGACCGUUGUUUUGAUGUUCUUGCAGUUGAGUAUUACAUUCCAGAGAAUGACCAGUGGACCACCGUCAGUCCCAUGAGGGCAGGGCAGUCUGAGGCAGGCUGCUGUUUACUGGACAGAAAGAUAUACAUUGUCGGGGGUUACAACUGGCACCUGAACAAUGUCACAAGCAUCGUGCAGGUGUACAACACAGAGACAGAUGAGUGGGAGAGGGAUCUGCACUUCCCAGAAUCCUUUGCUGGCAUCGCUUGUACCCCAAUUAUAAUUCCCCAAAAUGCCACACAAGGCUGACCAUCCGACCUGUGACUGUGAAGAUUUUAUUCCGUGUGCUCUUUGACCGUUGAGUCAGUACAAGGUGUGAACACUAUGUAAGCAACUGUGUGUGUGUGUGUGUGUGUUUUAAUUCGUAUGAAUGACCUCAAAAGUUACUAAACCGUAUUAUUUUCUCUUCUUGAUUUGAGCAAGAUGCUUCGCCAACAGCACAUUUUGAUUUAAAAUGACUUUUAUGUGAAAACUCUUAAAGAUCUCAGUGUGGAGACACUUUCAUGAUACUGGAUGUGUAGGCUUUCGAAGGACUGCACAGUUUUUGACCAACACAUUUUGAUGUGUUUUAGUAAUUUCCGGUUUGAAUUCCAUAUUUAAGAAUAGCAUUACCAACAUGAUUAACAUUUCUUAUGGGAAUAAUAAUCAUGAUUAGUGUAACCAAUUGUUUUGCCAAUCAAGGGCUUAAGUUACAGACAAUUAAUUAAUUAAUUAAAAUCCAUGUAUUAAUAUUGAUUAAAUGAUAUUAGUACAGAAAAUUUAUUUUAAAUUUUGUGCUUGCAAAGGUAUUAACACACUCAACCCUGAUAAUGUUAGACAUUUUGAUUGUACAAUUGUGAAUGUUUUGUUUGCUUCUUUCUAUCUUGUAAUAUUUUUCUUGUUACCAUUUUAUAAUAUUCAAACAACCAAGAAAACUGAAAAUGUUACCAGUGUAACUCAAAUCCACUAUAAUCAACAAACCAAAUAUCAAUUUAGAGUAAUGAUUGCACAAAUGAACACAAGUGGGUUUUUAUUGUUUGGUUCUAAGUUAUUCCAUGUGGGUGUUGAUUUUUUAUUUAUUUAUUUUAUUUUUUUUUACUGUGUUUCCUGAGCUGAACCCCCAUUGACACACUAAAUGUUUUCUGAGUCAGCGUAACAACACAGUGUGGAUCUCUUCAGGCAGCUACAUAAAUCCUUUAUGUGUGUCCGCUGGAAUGUCCGUGAGUGCUGCUUUUUAUGUUAAACAAGUGCUACAUCUUGUACCACACAUGCUGUUGUCUCUUGAUCGACACAGUGAGGGGAUACAGAUGAUAUUUAUUCAUGCGCAUUCAUUAUAAACUUUUCCUCAAAUCUGAUUUCCCCAGAUAAACUACUUAAACUAUUCAUUUGCAAUGUUUGUUGCUGGUUUGUGUUUUUAUUUUGACUGCAUUGCUGCACUUUCCAAACCAGUAUUUAUGAGGUAUCUGACUCUGCUGCUGUUCGAUUAACUUAACGUGUGUGUAUAAGGAAGAAGCAAGCUCAAAGCUCUUGUUUUUCCCCUUGAAAUGUGACCGUAUACAUGAUGGUGAGGAGUGUCCGUUUUAAAACCGUCUCCUGUUUGCCUUAGUGCGUAUUUGUAUUGUUUGACCUGUACCAGUAAAAGCACAUGAUAUCUGGUUGAAGUGCAAUAUAAAGUAAACUGCUCUCAUCAAAGGGGAAUGUAGGCAUUUGUGUAGCUUUGUGUGAAUCUGUAAUUAAAGGUGUAUAAUGUUUUAAAAAAAAAAAUACCCUUCAGGUGCUUCUUAUGUUUUUAUUUUCAUGAGAUGAUGUAUUUACACAGUAAGUCAGCCUAAACUUGAACUGAAGGUUGUUGCUACACACACUUACAGACAAUUAAAAGGAAAUAAUUGUGCAGUUUCACCAAAUAAACAUUCAUAUUUGUUCUGUUUAGGGUAGCAGUGUCUGAGCGCUGGUAAUGCCACUGGGGUGUUAGUCUUUACAUAAUAAACCAAGUGGACAAUAUC